UUCUCUAGCUAUCUUUCAAUUAGCAAUGAGGAUCAGCCACAAGGAAUUGAUGCCGGAGAAAAAUAUUAUCAAGUUUCCGGCAUCGGAGGUGGAAACCCAUAAUCGGAGAAUCAUCAAAGGGCUUUACAAAGCUCUAGCAAGUAACCAGACUGAGAUAGCUGCUAAGCUUUUAGUGACGUCUUCUGAGCUUGAAUGGUGGUUCCAUGGACCUCCCCAUUGCAACCACAUGAUGCGCAUACUUACAGGGGAUCGAUCAAGGCAAAUCGAAUUCAGAUUCAAGCCUCGGAGCAUCAAGUGUAUUGGAGACCGUGUGAUCGUGGAGGGAUGGAAGGGAUUGAAGGUGUAUUGGGUGCACGUGUGGAGUUUUGAGGAUGGAAUAGUUACUCAAUUUCGUGAGUACUUCAACACAUGGCUGACGGUGAUUCACAGAGUGUCGGAGGAUGGAGAUGCGAUUCGAUUGUGGCAAAGUGAACCUCGACAGCGUUUGAAUCGUUCUUUGCCUGAUCUUGUUCUUGCCAUGUAAGGUGUGUCUCUGCCAAUUUUAUGUAAUAAUAAUAAUUUUUAGCCUUUGGGCUGUUAUUGUUAGAUGUUGUUAUUUGGGCUAUGUGUUGGGUUCACCCUAAGCCCAUAAAAAACUAGAACAAGUUACAGCACAGCACCAACUCAGACCGCACCCGGCUCACGUUAACUUUGUUUGCCCUUGAACUGCUAACCUGCUUUCUCUUUUUUUAUCUUUUGUUUAAAAAAAAAAAAGAACCGCGGUACAUAUAAUAUAACUUUGGAAAAGAGCAGGAAUACGCAUCAUAGAGUUGUCGUCUCAAUGUCGGACCCACAGGCAUCAGGAUCUCAGGACCCCACGAGUGGGUGGGUCCCAUUUGAAGGAGGGGACAUUGAGAAGUGUGCUCACGCUUAAGAGAGAGCGCGUGGUUGUCAGAAAUCCGGGAAGGUGGGCUUUGUGGGAGUGGCCCGUACGGAAAUGCUCAGUUAGAUCCAUGAGAGUGGUUUUUGCUUUGUUUGCAAGUAAAACAAGGUGCCGUGAACGACAGUCAUGUUGCUUUCUUUCUCUAACCCAUGAAACGUCCACUUCAAUUUUAGCAGUUUUUCUUUUUAUUAUUAUUUUUUGCAUCAAGUAAUCCUGACCGUCUAUUUUUAUUUAGUAAUGUUAUUUAUAUUAUAAUUAUUUUCUUUAAAAAACAUUUUUUGGAGCAAAUCUUAAUUUUAACUUAAAUAUUUUAGUUUAUAAAUCUGUGUCUUAAUUUCCAGUUGCAACUAACAA